AUGGCACGCCCUGUUCUGCUCCUCCUAUGCUGCAGCUUGCUGCUCGUCGCCAGCAGCUCCAAGUGGAAGGCGGCGGCGCGCACGGUGCCGGUGGAGUACCUGUACCCGCCCUUCAACCUCACAUACUUCCACUUCAUCGACACCAAUGGCGUCUUCCUCCGCUCCCCCAACGCCACCUUCGCCGCCGCCGUCUACGCCCCCGCCUCCGACACCUCCGGCGACACGCAGACCCUCUUCUUCUUCUCCGUCAUCCACGACGCGUCCCGCACCCCCGUCUGGACCGCCACCGACGGCGCCACCAUCGUCCAGUCCAUCGUCCUCUCGCUCACCGCGUCCGGCCUCGCGCUCUCCGACCCGGCCGACCUGUCGGCGCCGCCGGCUUGGUCCACGCCCGCCAACCUCGCCGCACCCGUCGCCGCGAUGCGUCUGCUCGACACCGGCCAGCUCACGCUCCUCGACGCCGCCAACGCCACGCUCUGGUCCUCCUUCGACGCCCCCACCGACACGCUGCUGCCGGGCCAGACGCUCCCCGUCGGCGUGCCGCUCACCGGCACCGUCUCCGACCAAGACCUCUCCCGCGGCGCCUACCGCCUCAUCCUUACCACCACCGACGCCCUCCUCCAGUGGCGGACGACGACGAGCACCAACUCCGACGGUGGGUUCGUCACGUACUGGGCGCUGUCAUCGGACGCCGCGUCCGUGCAGCAGUCCAACCAGGCCGUCCACUCCAUGAAGGUCAACGCCACCGGCAUCUACCUCCUCGCCGACAACGCCAUCGACACCGUCUUCACGCUCCUCUUCACCGACCCUUCCUCAUCUAAGCUCCUCAAGGUGCACUCGUCCGGCCGCCUGCGCGCGCUCAGCAUGGCCUACUCGCCCACGGCGGCGCGCGCCACGCUCCCAGCCGUGUGGGCGGCUCCGGCCAGCGACUGCGACCUGCCGCUGCCGUGCGGAUCCAUCGGCCUCUGCACGCCCGGCAACAACGCCUCCUCCUGCAUGUGUCCCGACGCCUUCAGCACGCACACCACCGGCGGGUGCGCGCCGGCCAAUGGCGCUGCGCUCCCCGUCCCAGCCCAGGCCUGCAACGCGUCGUCGUCUGCGCCUGCGGCACAAAAACCAGCUUACGGCUACAUAAGCUUAGGCGACGGCGUCGGCUACUUCGGGAGCAAGUUUGCGGCCCCGGCGACGGCCGGUGAGGCGCUCCCGGCGUGCCGCGACCUCUGCUCGGCCAACUGCUCCUGCCUCGGCUUCCUCUACAAGAACUCCUCCAAGUCCUGCUUUCUCCUGCACAACCAGGUCGGCUCCGUGCUCCGAGCGAGCACAGACGGCACCGCUGGCUUCAUCAAGACGCUCCCACCGCCACCGCCAUCGACGUCACGCGGCUCGUCGUCGUCGUCAGCACUGAGCUCCAUCACAAUCGUGUUCGGCAUCGUGCUGCCCACCGUGGCGGCCGUGUUCAUCACCUUCCUGCUCUACGUGCUGGCCGUGCAGUGGCUCAAGAACCGCCGUAGCCCGGACGGUGGCAAGAAGAAGAAUAAGAAGCAUGGCGGUGGUGGGAACGGGCAUGGCAGCAGCUGGUUCAUGCUCAAGAUGAUGUCGUCUAGGUCGUCGUCGCGAGCGUCGUCCAAUGCCCCGUCGGAGAUGGGGGACGACGAUAACGAGCACCACCACGACGACGACGACGAGGUCCUCAUCCCCGGCUUGCCUGCUCGGUUCACGUUCGCCGAUCUGGAGGCAGCGACCAGCGGGUUCAGGUCGCAGAUCGGCUCCGGCGGGUUCGGGUCCGUGUACCGCGGCGAGCUCCCCGACCGCACCACGGUGGCCGUGAAGCGGAUGAACAACCUGGGCACGCAGGGGCGGCGCGAGUUCCUCACCGAGAUCGCCGUCAUCGGCAACGUCCACCACGUGAACCUGGUGAAGCUGCGCGGCUUCUGCGCCGACCACUCCCGGCAGCUCAUGCUGGUCUACGAGUUCAUGUCCCGCGGCUCCCUGGACCAGUCCCUCUUCCUCUCCCGCUCCGGCAACAAGAAGACGCAGGCCUUGCUGGAGUGGCCGGAGCGCGUGGGGGUGUGCGUGGGCGCGGCGCGCGGGUUGGCGUACCUGCACGCCGGCUGCGACCGCAAGAUCCUGCACUGCGACGUGAAGCCGGAGAACAUCUUGCUGGACGAGCGCGGCGGCGUCAAGAUCGCCGACUUCGGGCUGGCGAAGCUGCUCAGCCCGGAGCAGUCGGGGCUGUUCACCACGAUGCGCGGCACGCGCGGGUACCUGGCGCCGGAGUGGCUCACCAACGCGCCCGUGUCCGACAAGGCCGACGUGUACAGCUUCGGCAUGGUGCUGCUCGAGAUCGUGCGCGGCGCCAAGAACUCCAAGCUGCUGCUACAGGACGACCACGACGACACCGCCGGCACCACCUCCGCCGUCUCCAGCAGCGCUUCGUCGGAGGGCCACGGCAGCUACUUCCCGGCGGUGGCGCUGGAGGCGCACGAGGAAGGCGGCCGGCGGUACGCGGAGCUGGUGGACGCGAGGCUGGAGGGACGCGCGAGCGCGACGGAGGUGGCGCGGGUGGUGAGGGUCGCGCUGUGCUGCCUGCACGAGGACGCGUCGCUGCGGCCGGCCAUGACGGCCGUGGCCGCCAUGCUCGACGGCAGCAUGGACGUGUGCGAGCCCCGGACGGAGCAGCUCGCCUACCUCAGGAUGUAUGGCCGAGGCAUCGUCGGCGGCGGCACCAAGUGGAAGGGCUCGGAUAUCACCACCGGCGGCGCUAGCAGCAGCUGGUCGCCGCCGUCGUGCGUGUCCGCGCAACAGCUCUCCGCUCCCAGAUAG